AGAGAUAAUAAUAGUAGAGCUUCCCUUCAUUCACCAGUGGAUCUCAGAAGCAUUUCCUCCACAAUGUCUAGUACUGGAGAACUUGGGGAGAGCUCAAGGAGUUCACAAGGCAGGAGAAACUAUAAUCAACCAGACAUACAGUUCAAUUCCCAGAAGCCUAAUAAGCUUUCAGAAGAACUGUUAAAAUGUCUAAUAAGCAUUUUCGUCAAACUAAACAAGGCAUCAAUCGAGAGCAGAGGGUCACCUGUUCUUACAAAGCAUCUGCAGCCACUCUCCCUCAAGAAAUCCAAAAGAUUCGUGUCUCCAAUCAGCUGUGCAACAUUAUGUACCUUUUCCUUUGAUAAUUAUGCUUCAAAUCUUGACCCCUAUGGGAUUUUGCAAGGUGCCGAUGGGACCAUCACACAGAUUGGGUCAUACAAAAAUUUCAUCCAAGUCACAAGAGGUUCAAUGGACACAAGGCAUAUUUCUGAUUGUCUUCCAGAGAUGGGAAAAUUAAGGAUUUUGCUGCAUAAACUAGGAAACGCACACUUGACUUACUUGGCAAACAAGCAGAAGUUAGCUUUCUGGAUUAACAUCUACAACGCCUGCAUAAUGCAUGUGUUUCUGCAACACGGUUUACCUUUUUCAGACGAAGAUCAGCUGGCACUAAUGAACAAGGCUGCAAUAAAUGUGGGUGGAAUUAUGCUAAAUGCCUUAGCCAUUGAGCAUUUCAUCCUUAGGCAUCCUACUGACAUUGAAUAUGUGAGUAAAAUUGACUCUGCCAAUGAACCUAUAGUCCUUACUUCUUAGCUGUGCCAAUGUGGUUGAUAAUAAAAAAUAAACUUCAAUCCACAAGGACCUGAGAGAUGAGAAGGAAAUCAUGCUGAGGAAUGCUUAUGGUGUGGGUUACCCAGAACCAAACAUCAACUUUGCGCUUUGCCGGGGCAGCUGGUCAUCACCAGCAUUGAGAAUUUAUACACAUGAUGUUGUGAAUGAAUUGGAGAGAGCAAA